AUGCGUGAGUUCUGUAGAAGGAACCGUGAGAAGUUGAUAUCUGGUCUCUUAUCCGGAAGUCUCUUAACGGGGGAUUUAAUUAUAACGAUCCUUGCCAACACUGGGUUGUCGGAGCCCGUGUUUCCGGACACGUCCACCACCGGUCAUAUAUUUCUCUUCCCUAUCGUAGUGUUUGGAAUAUCUGGUUUUCUGGGAGUAAUCUUAGCUAUUUAUAGAGAUGUCAUGAAAUGGCUGUUAAACAUUCACGCCGCCUUUCUUGUACUCACUCUUUUGAUCUCUAUGACGUCAUUCAUGGCGAUCUCCAAUAACGUACGAACUUUCGACAUGGAAAGCUGCUACCUAAACGGGACUGUGUGUGACUGCAGGGAUGGGACAGAAAUGGUAGUGGACUGUGACACCUUGUAUCGCCUCCACGUCGUUAUUUUUAUCAUCAUUGUUAUGUACCUCAGCUGUAUGCUUCUUUGUUUGGUGGAGAGCGUCUGGGACGCAAAGCGCAUGUGCUGCAGUGACGAGAUAGAGGAUAUUCCUGGUGUCUUAGAUGACGAUGAUGACAACGACGACGAGAAAACAAGCGAGAACAAAAUUUCCAAAAAUGUGUUCACUUUACAGGAUAACCUUGAUGUUCCUACACAACAGAGGAAAGACAAACAACAGGGGACAAAAACUGCACAUAGGGUGGUUUAGAAAAUGAUAAAAUCAAAACAAAUUAAACGCAGAAGAACUAGUUGAUACAAUUAGAUGUGUUGUAUCAUGAUUGGUUCAGUUCAACAGAGGAGGUCGAUCUGAGGAGGCAUAGAAGUUUUGAAAAAAAAGUCGUCACAUGAAAAUAUUCCGCAAAUACUACAGAACUGGAAAUGUCGUUGACAUUUCCUUACCAGAUGUGUUCAUUGAUGGACGUGUUGUAGCCUGGCUGAGCCUGAGGCUCAGAACAGUAGAAGAUUGCGCAGUU